AGGAUCGUCUGCACAUCACUUAGUUAAACAUAAGCUGCAGCAUCAUUAAGCCACAGCUUACUUUUAGCGAUGGACUGAGCGAUUUCGAACUUAUGAGUUAAUAAAAAGUGUGCUACUAAUUACUAAUACCUAAUUAAUUUACUACUUUAAAAUGUGGUCAAUGGGGUCUAUGACAUUGACCUUGUGGCUCAUCGGUUUCCGCGCAUGGUAACGAUUGUGGUACUUAUAUUAGGCGACAUGUGGAACUUCUACCGUACUUCGAUACCUCAUUUCGAUGUGAUAGUGCUGUUCGGAUGGUAUAUUAUUAGUGCACAGUUUCCAGUUGUAGUAGAAACGCAGUCAAGGCCGCCGGUUGUGUGUCGCCGAUGUGUGUACAACGCCACCAACAACUGCGUUACAACCGACAAGGACGAGUCGGAAACAUGCCCAGCGAACGUCUAUACCUGUAUAAUAGUAACAAAAAUGAUCCUGGAUACCAACCGAAAACCGGCACGCUAUGUCCCCGUUAUGAUCCGAUCGUGCUCUCCUGUUGUGGAAGCAAAUACGGAUGACCUUGUUACUGUGAGCACUUUAAUAGGAGGGGAUUAUACAAUGAGGAACAAAGGAACCGCCUGUCUGAAUAUAACGAUGGAGAAUCCGUCGGUCAAAGGUCUGGACAUUGACCGGCGCUGCAUCUGCCGUGGUGUGUCGAACCUUGGAAUGCACGAUAACUGUAACGCUAACCGAACAUGGGACGACGUCAUGGAAUUUUAUGCCGUUCAGAGAACGGCUGAAGGGCCGCCGAAAGUUUACUACACUCCCUAUACGGUGGCACCGGGUAGUAAUUCGUUGGCCAAUCUCAGCCAAUGGAGCGAUGCCUCGGCUGGCACCCUUCCGCCCAGCACCGCAACCUAUACAGCUGCUCAAUCAACCGCAAAUUCGGCGCCACCCACUUCUACGCCUUCCGAGGAUUCCCAGAAGGGCCCUAACGAAAAAGGUGGCUCUAAUGCCGGAUUAAUUGCUGGACUGGUGGUUGGCAUUUUGAUCCUGGCCGGUGGCGUUGGCGGCGGCCUCUGGUACUGGUUCAAAGUGCACAAACCCAAACAGCGGGCCAAGAAAGCCAAAGCCCGCCAGGCAGCGCAGAAAGGCAAGAAUUAGACAACCAAAAGACAGCACGGUUUUCGAUGCCGUUCAACAUUCAUUGCUUCAGCUAAAGUCGUCUUUAAGAUCUUUAAUUAUUCUGCGGCACGAAUCACGAUGCAUUAAAUCCUUGCAAGGAGCUUUAAAUAAUACGUAUUUGCUUUUGUCGGCCUACAUACUGUACUAAAAGAAAUUAAAGUUUUCGCUAUG